AUGGCGACGACUGACAAAAAGAUCACUUUAAAUGGAACAAAUGGUGAUAAUAAACAUCUUAUUCUUGAAUCAAUUAAUAAUCAUGAUCAUAUUAAAAAUGAAUUGAUUCUAUUUACGGAUCAACAACAGGAUUUAUUUGAUUCAAAAAAUAAAAAACAACGACUCUUAUCUAGUUUAGAUGGAGUUCGAUCUUGUUCAUCUUCUCCUUCUUCAUUACUCAUGUUAAAUGGUAAUAUUGAUCAUACAUCUGAUUCUUAUCCAACAUCUCCUAUUAAACAAAAUAAUUCAAUGGACAAUGGUACUAAUAAUCAUUGUUCGCCCGAACAACAGCAUAAAACAAUUUUUUCUGCCCAAUCAUUAUCGUCACCAUCAAAUAAUAAUUAUGUAACUUAUGCACAAAUUAAAGAAGAAACUAGUCGACACGAUUUGAUACAAAUCAAUUUUUCUUCAUCUGAUAAACAUUCAUCAAAUAUUUCAGCUGAUGAACAACAUGGUGAUGUUAAUACACCGACAACCAGAACUCCAGUCACAACAUCACCCAUAACAGAAUGUCAAAGUGAAGAAAGUGAUUGUCUAUUAAAUGAGAAAGAUGAAAAAGUGAAAAAAAUUAACAAACGUAAAUCUGGUGCAAGACAUAAUAAUAAACGGUUACAUAGUAAUGACGAUUCAUUUAGUAAUACAAAUAAUUAUAUUACUCAAUUACCAUUACCAUCUCCUGCAUCAACAACAAUUCAUUCAGGUUCAAUGAAUGCUACAAUUAUUUUAAAUUUAAUACGUCCAUUACUUGAAGGAAAACCGGACGAUGACAUUGAGACAACAUUGGACUAUUUAAUUGACAGUUUACAGAGACUUCGUGAACAUGUAAGAAAAGCUAUAGAUAACGAAACUAUAAAAACUGAGUCUGUAUCUCCUCGAUUUUAUAAAGAACAACGUUCAAAUGAUGAUCAUCCAUUAAAUUUGACCAAACCAAAAUCAAAAAAAACAAAUCGUUUUAAUAAUAGAGAAACUUCAACGAACAGUGAUAAUAGUAAUUCAAAUUCUCCAUCGCCAUUAAUUAACAGUGCUAAUAGUGCGAAUAAUAAUAACAACAAUGUAUUUUCACCAUUUCUAUAUGCUAAUAAUUCAUUAUUUGCUGCUCUUGCGACACAAAGUCCACCAUCACAUCUUAGUUCAUAUUUAAGUUUGUCCAAACUGGCAAAUGAAUCUAAUCUAAAACAAAACAGUGAUACUAACAACAAUACAGCAAUGCGAUUCUUAAAUCCGGCAUUUUUAGCAGGCUGUAUGAGUAUGUAUGGUUUUAAUGUUCCAGAGUCAACAUCAUCAUCAAAUACUGGACAUUCUUCUGCAACAACAUUAGGAACAAAUUCCAUAUCUCCAUCUUCAUCUUUACAUCAUCAAUCGUCAAAUAAUUCAGCAGUCGGAUUAAACAUAGCUGCUCAACAUCAUUCAUCUCACCAUCAACAUUAUAAUAACGUUGAUAUUCAUGAGUCAAAAGACAAAUAUUCAAUGAUAGAAAAAGAACCGUCCAUAGUUGAACCUAUUCGUCACAAUAAUCGACAUACGAACGAUAAUGAUCAACAUAUUAAGAGGCCAAUGAACGCUUUUAUGGUAUGGGCACGUGAAGAAAGACGAAAAAUUUUGAAAGCUUGUCCUGAUAUGCAUAAUUCAAGUAUAAGUAAAAUAUUGGGUGCCAGAUGGAAAGCAAUGACUAAUGAAGAAAAACAACCCUAUUAUGAAGAACAAUCUCGAUUAAGUAAAGUACAUAUGGAAAAAUAUCCCGACUAUCGAUAUCGGCCACGACCUAAACGAACAUGUGUUAUUGAUGGAAAAAAAUUAAGAUGGAGUGAAUACAAACAAAUGUUAAAACAACGAAAAAGAUGUCAGUUUGGUGAAAUAGGUGGAUCAUUACCUUAUUUAGGAAAAGUCGAAGCCAACAAAAUUUCAACCAUGGCAGAUAAAAACGGUCCAUCACCAUCAAUAAUUGAUUCGACUCGUUUAAUAAAGAAGAAUGCAUCUAAUAUCAAUUCAAGAUUGAAACCGCAUCAAAUUUAUUUUAGUAAAGAAUUACCAGCCGCUGAAAAACGCCGUAAUUUAGUUGAUAGAUAUAUAUCAACUUUACUGGAUCAUCCAUUGGCGUUUUUUUCACAUUUCAAUGACGCUUUACCAAGCAAACUUUAUGAAAGAGUCGCAAAGCUUCUUGAAGCAGAACUCUUACGAUCAGGUGAUGAUCAUGGAUCAAGUACUGAACCCGAAAAAGAGUCUGACGUAGGAAGUAUUCACAGUCGAAUACCAACAGCUACCAGUGAAAAAAGUAACAAAAAUAUGAAUAAUAACCAAGAAUUAAAAAUGUCUGAGCAGUUUUUUGAAGCCCAGGCGAAUACUGGUGAUUUUGAGCAAAAUCGUUCAAGUACGUCUCCUGUUGAAAGUGUUCAAUCAAAUCACUUAAAUACUGGUUCAACUGUCUAUGAUGAAAAUCAAACUUCAUGGGAAAACGCUGAAGAAUUAGAAAAAAAAUUAAAAAACCCGUAUAGAUGGUUUAUUGAAAAACAGCGUGAAAAACAAGCAUCUCAAGGCCCAAGCUCCGAUGAAAGCGAAGCUAUGGCUAUGGAAUCGCGACUUCGAGUCGUAUCAGAAGAAUUUUGCAAUUGGCUUCAUUCACUUGGCGGUGAAAGUAACGUUGAUAUUGAUCCGAGUGUGGUUCGAAAUUUAUUUUCAACGGCAUAUGAUACAAAACCAGCAUUGAGUGUGCCAAUAAAAAUUGUAGAAAUGACAAGAAUACCAGUUGAAUUGCGAGAAGGUGCACAAGAAACCAUGUUACCAUCUGAUCUAGAAGAGGCUAGCAUCUCUGGUGAUAAGAACUUAAAGUCACUAAGCAAUAAACAAGCACAUCCUACUCAAACUCGAAUAGUUGAUGAAAAACAGAAUCGGCAGAAGUAUCGCUAUGGUGCUUGGUAUUUGCCAAAAGAAUUAUGGAAAAAAGCAUUGAAAGAUGAAGAAUUACAAGAUCCGAAAGUACUUAAAGAAGAAUUGGAAGAUGUAACGAGACAACGGGAAGAACAAAUUAAUGCUCGACUAGCUCCAUUACACGGAGUGAAAGCGUUUAAAGAAUAUUUACAAGAGAAAAAUUUUCGAAGAUUACCUAAAAUUUUCGAUGAAAUAAUGACCGAUAAACCUGAUUUGUAUGCUGGCUAUAAUGAUUUUAAUCCUUUACUGGAUACAGAUGGUCUUAAAUAUGAUACAGAUUUACAAAUGGCAGUGCUAAAAACUAGUCAUGGUCGAAGAGCUCCGCCGGUAUCUCAACCACCUGGUAGUUCAAUGGGUGCAGCGCCAACUCAACGAAUGGGAACAGCAUCGACAAGGUUAGCACAACAACAACAGCUACAACCUCCUGGUUCUGCCGCUAGAAUGCAAACUGGUACCGCUCGACCAGGUGGUCAACGACCAACAACAGCGGUACAAGGAGCAGGUUUUAUAACUGGUUCUAUUGGAUCUGGUGCUAGUACAAUAGGGACAAUAACUCCAGCACAAUUUGAAAAAAAAGAAGAAACUAGCGAAGAUCGAGCAAAAAAAAUGGAAAAAAUGGUUAUUGAUCUUGUUGACGAAAGUUGUAUUGCACAUGAAAAAGCAGAUACCCAAGAGGCAUUACGAAAAGCUGAAGAAGCAUUAAAAAUCGAAAAAAAUUUGAGCAGAUAUAGAGAAGAACAAAAUUUAGGAGAGUCAGAUAUUGGUCUGUCCGGAUUUGUAAUUUUAAAUUGUGCAAAUAUGUACUCAAAAUGUGGAAUGAACUCUGAAGCACUUAAUCAAUAUAAUAUUAUAUUAAAAGGUAAAUUGUUACCCGUUUCAAGUCGACUUCGUAUUAAUAUUGGCAAUGUAUUCUUACACACAAAACAUCAUGCAAAAGCAUUAAAAAUGUAUCGAAUGGCACUUGAUCAAAUACCUGAACAAAAUGCCGAUCUUAAAUUUAAAGUACGUGAAAAUAUUGCUGCAGUUCAUAUCGAAAUGGGUCAAUAUAAUGAGGCAGCUCAAUGUUACGAGUCAAUUGUACAAGAACGUCCAAAUUAUCGUAGUGGAUUUAAUUUAUUAUUGUGUUAUCAUACAUUAGGUCAACGAGAAAAAACAAAACGGGCAUUUACAGAUCUGUUAAAAAUUCCAUUUUUAUCAUCAGAUGAUGAUAAUUAUCAAGCGCCACCGGAAGAUAAACAAGCCAAUUUAGUGAUGGAAGCAAUUCGUGAUGAUCGAUUAAGAACAUUUGAACGAAAGAGACGACGUUUUGCUGAACACGUUAUUGUUACAGCUGCAAAAAUUGUUGGCAGUAAUGUCGAUGGAGAUUUUGUAUCGGGAUAUGAAUGGUGUAUAGAACAAGUUCGAAAUUCAACUUAUUUAGAACUUGCAAGUGGACUCGAAAUUCAGAAAGCCAUUGCUUAUUUACGUGAAAACAAUUUUCAAAAAGCAAUAUCAACAUUAAAAGAGUUUGAAAAAGCAGAAGCAAAACUGGCUAGUGCAGCUGCCACCAAUUUAUCAUUUCUCUAUUUUCUUGAAAAAGAUCUUCCAAAUGCUCAUAAAUAUGCCGAUUUAGCAUUGAAGACUGAUAAAUUUAAUCCAGCAUCAUUGACAAAUAAAGGAAACUGUUGUUUUGCAGAAACUGACUUUGAGAAAGCACGUUAUUAUUAUGAAGAAGCAUUACACAUUGACGCUGGUUGUGUGGAGGCGCUUCAUAAUCUUAUAUUGACAUUAAUGAAGUCAAAUCAAUAUCAACGCGUGAAAGAUUUACUUCAUAAAUAUACAACAAUCCAGCCACAAAAUACACAAGUGUUUUGUUUAAUGGCAAAAACCUUACAACAGACUAAUGACGCUGAUCAUGCGAAGAGCUGGUAUUUACAAGCGUUAAGUGCAUACCGUAUGGAUAGUCACUUACAUAGGAAAUUAGGUGAAUUAAUCGAUGAACAAGGUGAUAAAUCCGAUGCAUUUCAAUACUUCUUUGAUGCCUAUCGACACAAUCCAACAGACAUUGAAACUAUUCAAUGGUUAGCCUCGUAUUAUAUUGAAGCACAAUAUCCAGAAAAAGCCGGUAGACCCGGUGAAAUUAAAUGGCAUAUGAUGGUUGCUAGUUGUCAUAGACGAAGUGGAGACUAUACAGCAGCUUUAGAAAAAUAUAAAUGGAUUCAUAGCCAUUUUCCUGAUAAUACAGAUUGUAUACAAUUUUUGGUUAAAAUUGCCACGGAUCUCGGUUUACCGGAGGUAGAACAUUAUCAGAAUGAAUUAAAAAAAGUAAAUAAAAUGAAAGAAGUUCAAAUGCAGAGAAAAACAAGUGCUGAAAAAAGUAAAAAUAUUGUUAAAGGUCGAAAAAUAUCGUCUGCUGACAAAGAUGCUCAAUUGCUUAGACCAGAAAACAGUGGUGGAAAUUCAAGAGACGGUCGACAACCGAGUGGUAACAGACGAAAUUUUGAUUUGGAAAAUACUGAAGGUGUAUUUUCACAAAAAGAUCCAGUAUUGGCACAAUUUGAACAGCUACCUGAUCAUAUGACUAAUGAAAGACCCAAAACAGCUAUUAGUAAAAAAGAAACAAAUCCUAUUGUUUUUGAUGAUGAUGAUAAUGCGGCUGAUUUACUUCCCGAUUGA